GAAAAGCAGGCCACAAACAUAGAAAUAGAAAUAAAUCCAUGCAUUGAAGUGCAAGUGUGAGUGAGCAAUGGCCAUAGAAUGGCUAACCCUAGUGGCCGCAAUCUGGCUCCAAUCCAUCAAUGGCACCAACUCCAAUUUCCCCGCCUACUCCUCCGAGCUCAAACGCAUCCUCUCCGCCUCCCAGCUCAACCUCAACAACCUCGCCUCCGCCAACGACGCCGGCAAGCUCUUCGGGUGGAUCUCCGGCGUCGCCGCCGAUCACCUCCCCCUCUGGCUCGUCCUCCUCAUCGGCUCCCUCCUCGGCCUCCUCGGCUACGGCCUCCAAUUCCUCUUCCUCACCUCCCUCUCCUACCCCCUCGUCUUCCUCCUCACCGCCCUCGCCGGCAACGGCAUCUGCUGGAUCAACACCGUCUGCUACCUCAUCACCAUCCGCAACUUCCCCCUCGACCGCCAGAUCGCCGUCGGCCUAUCCACCAGCUACAUCGGCCUCAGCGCCAAGCUCUACACCGACAUCGUCGACGUCAUCGCCGAUUCCAAUUCCUCCUCCGCUCGCGCCAAGGCCUUCCUCCUCCUCAACUCCGCCCUCCCUCUCCUCGUCUGCCUCGCGGUGGCGCCGCUCGCUCGCGGCGCGGUGGUCGGGAAGUCGAAGAGGCUCUCCAGAGGCUUCUUCGCCAUGUUCGUCAUCUCGAUGGUGACGGGAGUGUUUGCGGUGGUGACGAGCCUGAAGGCGGUGGUGACUAGCCUGAUCCCGAGCUACGCGAUCCUCGCGGGGAUGGUGGUCAUUUUGCUCCUGCCGCUGGUGGUGCCGGCGGGGGAGAAGGUCACGGAGACGGUGCGGAGGAGGUGCUUGAUUGCAGUGCACCACCACGACGGAGGAGGAGAGGCGGUGGUGGAGAAGGAUGUGGAGAGUGAUGCUAAUGUGGAAGGUGUGGGGGUUGUGGAUGAGAUUGGGCCGUUGGUGAUGGUGAGAAGGCUUGAAUUUUGGUUGUAUUUUUUUGUGUAUUUGUUUGGAGCCACGCUGGGUUUGGUGUUUGUUAAUAAUUUAGCGCAAAUUGCGGAGUCGAGAGGGUGUUCGGGGACUUCGUCGUUGGUCUCGCUCUCGGCCGCCUUCAGCUUCUUCGGCCGUCUCCUUCCGUCCUUCCUCGACUACUUUUUUCCUAGGAGUAAGCGGUUGGUGAGUAGAGCCGGAGCCAUGGGAGUGAUGAUGGGUCCAAUGUGCGGAGCUUUUUUCCUGCUAUUGAAUGGACAAGACGUGUCUUUAUAUGUGGGCACGGGCGUUAUAGGCAUAUGCACAGGCGCGAUUACAUCAAUUUCUGUUUCGACAACUGCAGAAUUGUUUGGAACUAAGAAUUUCGGAGUGAAUCACAAUAUUCUUGUGUCAAAUAUUCCAAUAGGUUCCUUCUUGUUUGGAGAUUUUGCUGCACUUCUCUACAAUAAAGCAAGAAAUCAUAAUUCAUCACUUUGCAUGGGACAAAAUUGCUACAACACCACUUUUAUUUUAUGGGGUUCUUUGUGUUGUUUUGGGACUUUUUUGGCUUUUGUCCUCCAUUUACGAACCAAGAAAUUAUUAUGCUCACCUAAGCAUACUACACAGAGCGUAGCUUAGUGAUCAGAUUUUGUAACACAUAUAGGCACUUAGUUUUCUAAUCUAUUUUAUUGGUCAAUGUAAAUGAUAGAUAUGAUCAAAUAUUGAAUAUUGAUGUUCGAUA